CUUAUUUCAUUUCUCAAUUAACUCUAUAAAUUAGUUCAAAAAAUUAUUGAAAAUGUAGAGAGAAAAAAAAACCCAUCAAGAUGACAAAUCCUAUUUCCAUCAUCACCAUACUCUCCAUUUUAUUAGUGUUUUCAUACAUAACCACUCAACUCUAUGCUGCUCAACCAUGGCAUAACAAAGUAACAGAUGAUAUGCUCAAAGAUAUCUGCUCACACACACAAAACUCUUCUUUUUGCUUCCAAACAUUGAAAUCCUAUCCACAUACCGCCACCACAAACCUCCGUGGCCUCGCGGAGUACUCCAUAGACUUGACACGUGGCAGUGCCCAACAAACUUUACCGAUUGUCAAAUUACUUGCCAAGCAAGCAACCGAUCCAAAAUUAAAAGCCCGGUACACAUCGUGUGCUGCAUCCUAUGACAAUGCCAUGGGGUUCAUAGACGCUUUUAAGGGGUCAUUGGCCGACGGUGAUUACGAGGGUGUGAUGGCUCAAGCAUCGUGGGUCAUGUCGAACGUUGAUGAUUGUGAACAACAGUUUAAGACACUGCCAGUUGAUCCAUCUCAACUCCCGGAAAGGAAUCGGAAUUUGUUUUAUCUUGCUAGUAUGGUUGCUGAGAUUGCUAUAGAAAUUUGA